CGGCCGUCCCCGCGGGCGCCAUGGCGGAGCAGGAGAGCCUGGAGUUCGGCAAAGCCGACUUCGUGCUGAUGGACGCCGUCACCCUGCCGGAGUUCAUGGCCAACCUCCGUCUGCGGUUUGAGAAAGGCAGGAUUUAUACCUUCAUUGGGGAGGUGGUUGUUUCCAUGAAUCCCUACAAAAACUUGAACAUCUAUGGGCGUGACACCAUCGAGCAGUACAAAGGGAGGGAGCUGUACGAGAGGCCUCCUCACCUCUUUGCAAUUGCUGAUGCUGCUUAUAAAGCCAUGAAGAGGAGAUCAAAAGACACCUGUAUUGUCAUAUCAGGUGAAAGUGGGGCUGGGAAGACUGAGGCCAGUAAAUACAUAAUGCAGUACAUUGCAGCCAUCACCAACCCUGGGCAGAGAGCAGAGGUGGAAAGAGUGAAGAACAUCCUGCUGAAAUCCAACUGUGUGUUAGAGGCCUUUGGCAAUGCCAAGACAAACCGCAAUGACAAUUCCAGCAGGUUUGGAAAAUACAUGGAUAUCAACUUUGAUUUUAAAGGAGACCCAAUAGGUGGGCACAUCAAUAAUUACUUACUAGAAAAGUCUCGUGUGAUUGUGCAGCAGCCAGGAGAGCGAAGCUUCCAUUCCUUUUACCAGCUCCUCCAGGGGGGUUCUGACCAGAUGUUACGUUCUCUACAUCUUCAGAAGGAUGCAUCUGCAUACAGCUAUAUCUGCCCUGGAGCUCAGCUGAAGUGUUCCAUCAACGAUGGUGCAGAGUUCAAAGCAGUAGCUGAUGCCAUGAAAGUGAUAGGCUUCAAGCAAGAGGAGAUUCAGACUGUCUACAAAAUUGUGGCAGCCAUUCUUCACCUGGGGAACUUGAAGUUUUCAGUGGAUGGUGAUACUCCUGUCAUAGAGAAUGGGAAGGUUGUGUCCAUCAUUGCAGAGCUGCUGUCCACCAAGGCUGACCUGGUGGAGAAGGCUCUUCUGUUCCGAACUGUGGCUACAGGCCGGGAUGUCAUUGACAAACAACACACUGAGCAAGAAGCCACCUAUGGCAGAGAUGCCUUUGCAAAAGCGAUCUACGAGCGGCUCUUCUGUUGGAUUGUGACACACAUCAAUGAUGUGAUUGAAGUGAAGAACUAUGACACCACAAUCCAUGGGAAAAACACUGUCAUUGGAGUCCUGGAUAUCUAUGGUUUUGAAAUAUUUGACAAUAACAGUUUUGAGCAGUUUUGCAUUAAUUACUGCAAUGAAAAGCUACAGCAGCUCUUUAUUCAGCUGGUUCUAAAGCAGGAGCAGGAGGAAUACCAGCGAGAGGGAAUUCCCUGGAAGCAUAUUGAUUACUUUAACAAUCAGGUCAUUGUUGACCUGGUAGAGCAGCAGCACAAAGGGAUUAUUGCCAUUCUGGACGAUGCCUGCAUGAAUGUUGGAAAAGUUACAGAUGAGAUGUUCCUUGAGGCUCUUAAUAACAAGCUGGGGAAGCAUGCUCAUUUCUCUAGCAGAAAGCUCUGUGCAACUGACAAAACGCUGGAGUUUGACAGAGACUUCAGGAUCAAGCACUAUGCAGGAGAUGUGAUUUACUCAGUCACUGGAUUUAUUGACAAAAACAAAGACACUUUAUUUCAAGACUUCAAGCGCCUCAUGUACAACAGCUCCAACCCUGUGCUGAAGAUGAUGUGGCCUGAAGGCAAACUGAGCAUCACUGAGGUAACCAAGAGACCCCUGACAGCUGCUACUCUGUUCAAGAACUCCAUGAUUGCACUAGUGGACAACCUGGCAUUGAAGGAGCCCUACUACGUCCGUUGCAUCAAGCCCAACGACAAGAAGUCCCCGCAGGUGUUUGAUGAGGAGCGUUGCAGGCACCAGGUGGAGUAUCUUGGUCUCCUGGAGAACGUGAGGGUGCGCCGGGCGGGCUUCGCCUACCGCCAGACCUACGAGAAGUUCCUGCACAGGUACAAGAUGAUCUCAGAAUUCACUUGGCCAAACCAUGACCUCUCUUCAGACAAAGAGGCUGUGAAGAAGCUCAUUGAGUGUCACGGGUUUCAACACGAUGUUGCUUAUGGCAAGACCAAGAUUUUCAUCCGCACGCCUCGAACUCUCUUCACCUUGGAGGACCUGCAUGCCAAGAUGCUUGUGAGGAUUGUCCUCUUCCUGCAGAAGGUCUGGAGGGGCACCCUGGCCCGCCUGCGCUACAAGAGGACCAAGGCUGCCCUCACCAUCCUCAGGUAUUACCGGCGCCACAAGGUCAAGUCCUACAUCCGCGAGGUCGCCCGGCGCUUCCACAACGUCCGGCAGCUGAGGGACUACGGGCGGCACGUGCAGUGGCCCACCCCGCCCAGAGUGCUGCGCCGCUUCGAAGAGGCCCUCCAGACCAUUUACCACAGGUGGAGAGCAGGUGAACUCAUCCGGAGCGUCCCACCAGAAGUCCUACCUCAACUGAGGGCCAAGGUUGCUGCCAUGGAGGUGCUGAAGGGUCACAGAGCCGAUAUUGGCCUCCAAAGAGCAUGGGAGGGGAAUUACAUCGCACUGAAACCAGACAACCCCCAGACCACGGGCUCCUUCAUCCCUGUUGCCAACGAGCUGAAACGGAAAGACAAGUACAUGAAUGUCCUCUUCUCCUGCCACGUCCGCAAGGUCAAUCGCUUCAAUAAGGUGGAGGACAGAGCAAUCUUCAUCACUGACCGACACCUUUACAAGAUGGACCCUAUGAAGCAGUACAAGGUGAUGAAGACCAUCCCCCUCUAUAAUUUGGUAGGAUUGAGUGUCUCCAAUGGAAAGGACCAGCUCGUGGUCUUCCACACCAAAGACAACAAGGAUCUCAUUGUCUGUCUCUUCAGCAAAGAGCCCUCCAGCGACAGCAGGAUUGGGGAGCUGGUGGGAGUCCUGGCAAGCCACUUCAAGAGCGAGCGCCGCGCUCUGCAGGUCAGUGUCACCAACCCCGUGCAGUGCAGCCUGCACGGCAGGAAAUGCACCGUGUCCGUGGAGACCAAGAGGAACCAAUCCCAGCCGGAUUUCACCCGGCAUCGCUCCGGCUUCGUCCUCUGCGUCCCGGGGAAUUAACACCCCCCUGCGACUGGAGGAGAACUGGACCCGGGCUCCGCUCCCCGCCCCUCCUCGGGUGUCUCCAGGGGAUUCAUCUCCAGCUGCUCAGCUUGUGGCUUGGGCAGGCGCCUAAACCAGAUCCCUAAAGCUUGAGGUUUAGCAAACCCAAACUCAGGAGAGGGUUUUACAUGCAACCAAGUCUUAAAAUAGCCACUGACCUGUAUCCAGCUUACAAAACAGGCCAGAACAGCAGGAAAGUGCUUCUGAAUUAGCCCCCAAAAAUGGCAUCUCUAGGUACUUACACCCUUUCCUCCCUUUUCCACGUAGAUUUUUGGGAACCCUCUCCACAAAUCCCUUCUGUGUUUUGUUUUUGUGACUUUUUUUUUUUUUUUUUUGCAAUAUUAUGCAGCCUCCACGGGAGGAACCAAAGAUACUGGGUUCAGGGAGCCUGGUCCUGUAAGACCAAAUCCCAGUGGAACCAGAGCCAGGUUUGGAAAGGAGGGCUGGCUCCCCGCUCUGGGGAUACCCUCCAUGCUCUUCCAGCCUGGAGUUGGGGUGGCACAUGGACACACACCUCUAAACUUGCCACUUUCCUGCCUGGAGCUCAUUAACCCAUCCCAGCACCUUGGUUGGAGACAGAAAAAGGAGAGUGGGAUUCACAGUGCAGAGGUUUUACUUUCUAAUCCUGCAUUGCUUUUGCCUUAAUUACCCUCCUGGGUGAGCUAAAAUCCAGUGGGUUCCCGGUGGGACCAAGUGGCCUUGUUGAAUUUUAAGAUGAUCCACGUGGCUUCGUGUCAGUCCCAGGCAGGAGGUUCAGAGAGGGCUGGAGGACACGAGGUUGGUGGGUUGGUCAGGAGCCAGUUGGAGCUUGGCCUGAGCUGCUGCUCCCUCGCUUUGCACUAUUGACCAUGGACUUGGGGCCCAUCCAAGGGCUGGUGGCACCGACCCCCUGUACCCAUCCCAGCUCUUCCCUCUGAAGCCUUUUCCUGGGUCUUCCCAGCCAUGAGUGUUGGACGUUGGGUUGUUGGAGCACCUUGGCUUGUCUGAUGGCAUCAGGUGUCCCCCUGCACUGUGCCCACCCUGCUCAGCCAGCUCAGGAGGGGCCGUGGCUGUGAUU